UUGGCGUUGAUAUCAGGCUAUCCUUCGAGAGGCCUGUUCCGACCUUAACCUCCAAGAUGGCUUCCGAGGGCCUGUGCAAGCCAGAGAUCUCGGAUGAAUCAACUGGUGAAGAGAAGCCUGGUGACUCACCACAGAGUGCUGUAUACCAUUACUCAGAGUCGGAUGAUGACUCUUCUCCCUCCAAGAAGGGCGACAUCAAGAGGCUACUAACAGAUCUGAGGCAAGUGUGGAAAAGUGAUCUCCCGCAGAUUCGGACGGAGAUUGGUGAAGUUAACAGGAGUGCAGGUAGUAGAAGAGAGGGAGCUCUCUAG